CCUCAAUGGUGAGUCUUAACAUGGAAACUUCAAGUUUUGCAAUGUAUGCUAAUAGACCAAGGGGAUGGAUUGGAUGAUUUCGUGUGCAUUGGUCCAGAUGGGACCGCCUACGCCAGCCUAAACCUAGGCAACGGGAACGAUGAAAUUGCACCGACCUUUUGCGACAUUACCAAGAUCAAGGAUCCGGAAGGCUAUGAUAGGGAUCAUGUUCGACUAGGAGACAUUGAUGGAGACGGACGGACUGAUUACUGCGUGAUCCACGAUGACGGUGAUAUUCAUUGUUGGCGUAACAUGGGAGGAGCAAGUAGGUCAACCUUGAGUCAGGGCAUACCGUGCCUUAAGACCUCAAGUUUCUAACUUUAGUGCAGAUGACAAGCCCAUAGUAUGGCAAUCAAUGGGCAAGCGCUUUACCGGCAAAGGCAUGGAUGACAUUCGCGGCGUGCGUUUUAUGGACAUCAAUGGUGAUGGCAGAGAUGACUGGAUAUGGGUUCGAGACGACGGACAAGUAACAACGUAGACGAAUUCUCGAAGUUGUGUAAAAG